AUGGCGAGUUGCUUCAGCUACGUGUCUUCUCGUAACAAAUGUUACCAAUACAGCUUCUCACGCGCCGGUCUCCGAUCAUCUACCUCYGAUCUCGGCGACGGCACCGUCGUCCACUGCUGGGUCCCACAAACCCACAUCGACACCAAGCCCACGCUCCUCCUCCUCCACGGGCUCGGAGCUAACGCCAUGUGGCAGUGGGACCGGUUCAUCGACCGGUUUAUUUCCCGGUUCAACGUAUACGUACCGGACCUCAUCUUCUUCGGCGAGUCAUACACGACUCGGUCCGACCGGUCCGAGUCUUUCCAAGCGAGUUGCGUCAUGAAAGUGAUGGAUGGUCACGGUGUUCGGACCAUGACCGUGGCUGGUCUAAGCUACGGUGGGUUUGUGGCGUAUUCAAUAGCGGCGCAGUUUAAGGAGAGGGUGGAUCGAGUUGUGCUAAUAUGCGCCGGUGUUGCUUUGGACGAGAAAGAUGUUGAGGAAGGUCCGUUUAAAGUUAAGUCCCCGGAGGAAGCGGCGAUGCUUUUGUUUCCUCAGUCUCCGACUCUGCUCCGGAGACUUCUCAAGUUAGCUUUUUACAAGCCUCCGAUUUGGAUCCCUUCUUGCAUUGCCAUGGACUACAUUCAUGUGAUGUGUAGAGAUUAUCUUCAAGAAAAGAAGGAGCUUGUGGAAGCUUUACAUAUUGGUAGGCGAUUCGCCAAUCUUCCAAAGAUAACACAGCCAACAUUGAUGAUAUGGGGAGAGGAAGAUCAAGUUUUUCCAGUCGAAUUGGCGCAUAGAUUGAAAAGUCAUUUAGGGGAAAACAGAGCACAAUUAGUGCUACUAAAGAAGACAGGACAUGCGAUUAAUGAAGAGAAACCAAAGGAGAUGUACAAACACAUGAAAUCUUUUCUUUGCACUGAUGCAAUGAUUCCUCCAAAUGACAAUGCUAAGAGACUCAUUUUAGCAAGCUUAAUAUCUCCAAAUCAGAUCAACAAGUGA